GGCAUGCUUGCGGGUGUAUUGAUUGUGGUAAUUUGAGCUCAUCCACAUAUCCAACAACAGAUCAACGUUAUAUUUAUUUUGAUGAGUUGGAAAGCUUGACCGCUGUUCUCAUUGGGUCCCGGCUCCAUGGCACACCAAUUGUCUCGAUAGCGGUGUUGAUCUCGCCUGUUGCCUCUGGAGUGGGACUGUAGGCGUAGCGUAGCCGAGCCUCGGCCGCACCACGUAGCAGCAAGUGAACAAGGGAGACUGGAACUCAGAUAACAAGGGGCGAUACCGCAUAAAAUUCCUUGGACCUCAUAGCUUUUCUGAGAAUCUAUUCGACAAAUUUCCAGGAGAGAUAUCUGAAUUUAAGACAAGUCGGCAGGCAGAUUGAGUCGAAGCAAGGGGGGCAGGUACUUUCUGCGUCUGAAGUAGCACAAAACAUCCAAGUCCUACCCUCGUCACCUAUCAUUCACUUCAGCCUUAAUACCUCACAUGAACUGCUUGUCUUUUGUUAGUUGCCGAGUUUUCAUCGAGCACAUCCAGAUAUGUGUAUUCCAAACGCCCACAGCCUUCCCAGGCACUCCUAAAGUCCACUCCUUUGGGACUUACAAUUCGUGCCAUACAUGAAUCUCACUUCAAGGGCUGUGCUACAUGAGUACACUCUUUAUCUUAUCACCCUGCCAUUUCUGUUCCUUUGCACAGACUUUGCAAGGAACAUGGCAUAUAAAUACCCAAAUUUCAAAUAUGGGAAAACCCUCGAUCCCGCGAUGGAUACCAUUUGGGCGUUAAUGUUUUUGCUUAGGCUGCUCCAGACUUGAUGUUGUUGUUGGGGAGUAGAAGAGACUUGCAAGGUCGGGCGGCGAAGGGCACUUACUUGGUGAUUGUUAGGAUCAUGGGUAUGAGAUUGUCAUUAUUCCGACAUGAUAUGCGGAAAUGUUGGACGUCAUUGCCACUGCUUUACUUCCAUCAUUCGAGAUAUAUGAUCAAAAGUAUAGUCUUGAGGCUUCGAGACCCCCUCAAUGCGACUAUGACGACCCGCGGAGGAUCCGGUACAGUAAUUGAGAACUGUGACAAGUUGAGGAUAUAUUGUGGAUUCGGACUGACUUCAUCAAAUGCAGCGGAGAGCACGUAGAUGUGGACUGCUGCAGAUUAUACCUGCGAUUGAUCACCUGACAGCUUGUCAGCCAACUAUGAUAUGCCAGUUCGUAAUUUAUGUAAACUUACGUACAGCUUCUCUUCUACUCGAGGAUUCAGAUGACUGAAGGCAGGACAGGGUGUCUUCCGUUCCAUGACUUGGCUAACCAUCUCUUCCGCACUUGCACCCCAGCACAGAACGUCUAACUCGACAGAUAAGGGCAAAUUGCCAUGACCUUCAAAGAGAAAAGCAAACCUAGGAGUAUUGAUUGGAACUAAACAACAGAAUGACUGAUAAAGCAAACAAGAAUGGAGGAUAGGUGCUCACCGAGAUGAGCAUCACCUCAUCCUCCCCGGCCGCGACACUGCCGCCGCCUCCUCAACCUACCUGACAACAUCUUCUGUCCCGCCCCAUUCCAGCAUGAAAGAGGCGUUUCCCGUCUAUUCAGAUGGACACGGCAGAUGAGGUCACGGCGCUGAAGGAUUGCUGGCAGUGGCAGGCCAAGCAUUAUUCGAAGGAGAAGGAGCAACAUCUGACGACAGUCGUAUUUUGGCUCUUCUCGCCUUUGACACUGAAAAUGACCUGUUGCUUACCGUACCGCAGUGGCGAAGCCGUGAAAAGUCUUGAUUCAACAUUCAAUGGAAACUGCAACACUGAUUAAGAUAGGAGCUGAUGCGAUCUCAACUUCACUUCCAGAUUUCAAAAUUCCAACAUUCCUUCUACCUUUGAAGCAGCUCCUGCAAAGCGGGAAGAUGUUGAAGCCAUGCAAAAAAACCCCUCGUAAUGGAAUGAACGCUACUGCAAGAAAUCCUGGACAGCAUUAAUGGAGGCUUGAAAUGGCGUUUUUGAAAAUAUCGGAUUAGGAAGCUGUUUGGAAGGUGUGGAAGG